CUCCCAGUCCCAGCUGCGCGUGUAACCCUAGUCCGGUACUCCUCCCCCCUCCCCUGCCCUGGAUUCCCAAUCCCAAUCCCAUCUGCCCCCGCCGCCCCGCCCCCGCCCCCGCCGUCUCUCCGAGCCACCGCCUGCUCCGCCGCCCGUCAGAUUACCUCUCCGGUCUCCGCUCGCACCCUAGAGCUCGCCGUCACAUCUCAUCUCAUUGCGGCGCGCAAUCCGUCCUCCACCUACGGUGAUGGAUCAGGGCGAGGGCUCCGCUAGGAUCGUGCGAGGCAGAGGCAGGAACAAGAGGAAGUGGACAAUGGACGAGGACGAGGAGCUGGUCAGGGCCCUCUGCAAGGUGUCCACCGACCCCAGGUUCAGGGCCGAAGGAGGGGGCUUCAAGAACUGCUACACCCAGGGGAUAGAGAGCCUGCUCGCGCAGCGGCUGCCCGGCCGCGGCAUAAAAGCCAGCCCUCACAUCGACUCCCGGCUCAAGGUGCUCAAGCGCAAGUUCCACGCGAUCAAGGAGAUGCUCGCGUCGCCGGGGUUCUCCUGGGACGGCUCCAGGAAGGUCUUCCGGUGCGAGAAGCAGCGAUACGACGAGUACUGCAAAGAUAAUCCUAGAGCCAGGGGGAUGUACGGUGUUCCAUUUCCGCAUUUCGAUGUAUUUGAUGCGGUGUAUGGCAAGGAUAGAGCCGCUAGGGAAGUGGUGGAAGUGUCCGAGGAAGUAACCGCCGACAUGGAGAAUGGGAAUACGAGUGAAGCGGAGGAAGAUCGGACGUCCAAUGGACCGUCCGGCCGAUCCUUGGAUGCUACAUCAACCUAUAAAAAACAGGAGAGAUGUAAGAAUGGCGGUAAAAGGAAGAGGACUGAAUCGAAUUGCCUGUCUCCAGACACGUUGAAGGAUGUGCGUGGUCACUAUCAACGCGCCAGCCAGCAUGUCGACACGAUGGCAGAAGCGAUGGAGCUGUUCAAGGAUGUGCACCGUCACUUCCAGAGUGUUGUUCAGCAUGCCGGUGCAAUGGCAGCGGCAAUGGAGGCGUUCAAGGAUGCACACGAUCAGUUUCAGAGUGUUGUUCAGAAUGUGAGCACCGCCGCAACAGCCAUGGAGCAGUUCAAGGAUGCACAUGAUCAGUUUCGAAGUAUCACCCAGAAUGGCAGCGCAACUGAAGCAGUUAUUGAGCCUCAUGCUGAUCUGCGAGAAAGAUUGUCGCCUGAGGUGCCCCAACAGGAUGCCAGGGUAAGAGCCAUUGCCGAGAUGCAAAAGCUUGGGUUUACCGGAAGCGAAGUGGUCAGCGCUGCGAGUGUUUUCACAAAGGAACCGGACCAAAUGGGCAUGUUUUUAGCACUCCCCGAAAUCUACAGGAGGGAGUACAUACUCAAGAUGCUCAAUGGUGGGCAAUCUCUCCAUUUUUAGCUUAAAGCGAUAUGGGAGGAGAGAAGCUCUAGAAGUUCUAAUUCAGCCUAGUUGCAGCAAUGGCAGUUGAAAUUUUGGUACUAGUACAUUUGUAAAUGGUUAUAUAUCUAGCGUCCCUCUGAAGUGUUCUAAUGCGCUGUGUUAGUGAGAGUAGCCUUGGCAUUCCUUUCCUUGCACCGGACUCGGUGGAAAAUUGUACGGCCAAAGGGUAAUGGGCAACCUGUCCGAUUCCAACAGCA